AUGAAUGGGAACAUCCCUGCUGGCGCAACCUCGUCCACACCUGGUUCCCCCGGCGCACGUUCCUCCGCACCUGGUUCCGCCGGCGCACCCCCCGCUGCACCUGGUUCCGCCGGCGCACCCCCCGCUGCACCUGGUUCCGCCGGCGCACCCCCGCUGCCCCGGGUUCCGCCGGCGCACCCGUCGUUGCGCCUGGUUCUACCGGCGCACCCUCCGCUGCGCCUGGUUCCGCCGUCGCACCCUCGGCUGCGCCUGGUUUCGCCGUCGCACCUUCGGCUGCACCUGGUUCCGCCGUCGCACCUUCGGCUGCACAUGUUUCCGCCUUCGCACCCUCGGCUGCACCUGGUUCCGGCGUCGCACCUUCGACUGCACCUGGUUCCGCCGUCGCACCCUCGGCUGCACCUGGUUCCGCCGUCGCACCUUCGGCUGCACCUGGCCCCGCCGUCGCACUCCUUUGCACCUGAUUGUGUCGGCGCAACCUCCUCUGCCCAUGGUUCCGCCGGCGCAAUCUCCGCAAUCUCCUCCCCACGGGCGAACGCGCCUAACGUCACGCCUGCUUUUGGCAUUGGAGGCGUGGGCUGCAGUGCACCGUCAGAAGCAGCUACUCGAGCUCUUCCUGCACCUUCCUCUGCUGCACGUGUGUACGUCCCGGGUCGCAUGAUGGCAGCAGUCAUUGAGGCUGCCGAGGAGGGAGGCGUGGAUCCGUUCCUCGCGUACGGCAUUGAAGCUGGAAGCGACGAUGACGAGCUGGACGACGACGAGGCGGAGGACGCUGUCGGUGCCCAAGCGGGAGAUGAUGCCGAGUUGCGCGCAGCGAAGCUUCGCGCAACGGAGUUGUGCGCGGCGGAGGUUCGGGCAGCGGAGCUGCGCGCUGCGGAGGUUCGCGCAUCGGAGGCGCGCGCGGCAGAGGCGCGUGCAGCGGAGGCGCGGGCAGCGGAGGCGCGGGCAGUGGAGGCGCGGGCAGCGCAGUUGCGUGCAGCGGAGGUGUGCGGAACGGAUAGGGCGCCACCUACCUCGCAUCAGAUUGAAACGGCAGGACCUACAAGGCGUGAACGCUCGCAAGUUGCUGGUGCGCACCAUUUCAGGGAAGCACGACAGCUGGAGGCGCAACUUCGUGACCUUACGAACACGGUGGCUGUGCUUCAAGCACAGCUGCAAGAGGCAAAGAACAAGAUCAACGCGGUGGAGGCUGAGCGUGACCGUCUGAAAGCGCAGCUCGAGUCGAUGCAGCGACAGAUUUCAGCGGAAGUCGCUGGAACGAGCGUGGAAGUUGACGCGGUUCGGGACCCUGCCGACCCACAAGUUCGCAUGGAGAACGUCCGUAAGGACGUCGCAGGCAACCUGAUCAUUCCUUCAUCGCUCAGCAGCGACGAUGCAUUCGAUGCUAUGGUGGGUAAAGCCUUCGCAUGGCUCAUCAUGCUUGCCCCUGCAGGAGAGAUGGAGUUCUAUCCACUGUGA